AUGGUAUUUUAUACUUAUUUAAUUUUAAGAAUUUUUGAGAAAUUGAUAUUAGAAUUAUAGAAAAAUAAAGUAGGAUCAAGACAAUUAAUAAUUAACAAUAAUAACCAAACUGGUCCACUUAUGAAAAUGCUUACAAAUUAUUUACAAAUCUUGGCCAACAUAAUACAUUUUAAUGUUGAAAUUCCAUAAGCAUUUAAGGAUUAUAAUAAUAUUACUGGGAACUCUUAAACAAUGUUAUUAGUAACCACGGAUUACUUUUUAGCUGAGAAUUUUCAUGAGGGAAUUAUUUAUGUGAAAAUGAUUUAUAGUAUCAUUUGUCCACUGUUUUAUGGAUGGAUCUUCCUAUUUAUAUCUGAUUAAAUAAAUAAUUUAUAAACAUUAUACUUCUUAUUGAGAGUCCUAAAUAAGAUCAUUUAUAAUGAAGCAGUACCAACUUCUUGUGAUUUAUAUUUAUUUUGUAAUUAUAGAACAUUAUCCGGCAUAAAAUGGAUCCAGUGUGAUUUGGCUUAUUAAUUUGAUACACCACUUCAUCAAUAAUGGAUCCCUUAUCUAACCUUACUAAUAAUCAUUACUGGAUCUAUUGUACCAGGAAUAUUUAUAAUAUACUUAACCAAAUUUAGAAAUACCCUUUAAAAAUAUGAUGUGAGAAGAUAAUGGGGAUACUUAUAUUUAGAAUAUUAACCUAAAGCCUAUUAUUGGGAAAUAAUUAGGAUUGUCAAUAGAGAGUUGAUAAUGAUUGCCAUUACAUUCUACUAAGAUAAUAUUGUCAUUAAGUGCACUCUUUUAUUUAUUGUAUAAUUUACCUAUUUAUUUAUAAACUAAAUAGUUUUGCCUUUUCAGACAAAAAAUUUAAAUUAAUUAGAAUAAAAUAGUACUUUGUUAUGCAUUUUUACCUUAUUUGCAGUUCUUUCAUUAUCAUUAACAAGUAGUUUUUCUACUAUUGUUAUAUUAUCUAUCAUUAUAACAAAUAUUUAUUUAUUAAUUACCUUUAUAUAAAGUUUAAUAAAUGGAUAUUUAUAAUCAACGGAGGAGUUAAUGGACAAGAUCAAGGAUAUUAUUAGAGAAAAACUUAGAACAAAAUUACAAUAAUAUCCAUCUUUGAAUAGUUGGCUUGUAAAUAAAGGUUAGAGGAGAAAAAUCGUGAUUGAAAGAUAUAAAAAAAUAAGGAAACAUCUUUUUGGAGUGAUAUAAAGACUCAGUAGAAUAGAGAGAUAGAAAUUUUCACAAAUUUCUCCAAACUGCACUAAUAGUGAUUUACAAAAACCCAGAGAUUUCACUUUAAUAUUGUUGAGACCAUAAUAGAUUUUAUUUACAAGUAGUGAAUACAACACUAUCAAUGACCCUUUCACUAAUUUGAUUAAGAAAAUAAAAUCUAAAGGAUGA